AUGCGUGUGGUCCGCAGAAGUCGUCGCUAUCUCCCCCACUUGGCCCGUUUCUGCCUCAUCUCUACCUUCAUUGAGGAUGGGUUACGGCUGUUGACGCAGUGGUCAGAGCAAAUUGACUUCAUUCGCCAUGUCUGGGGCGUGGGUAGCUUCCUCGCUGGUCUAUUCAUCCUUCUAAAUAUCCUCCUUCAAUUUACCGGUUCCGCGUUUGUCAUGGUACGCUACAGAGUCAGAGUCGGCUGCGGUAUCCUUCUUGCCACCGUGAUCAUUCAGACGAUCGGCUACAACAUUUGGACGCGGAUCUUCCUUAUGCGGAACCUCUCACUAAUUGGCAGUUUACUACUUCUGAUAGCUGAGGCAAGUCAGGAGUCGAAGAGUCUUUUGGCGGGCCUUCCCUCAGUCGGAAACGAAAAUCGAUCGCGUCAGUACCUCCAGCUAGGUGGACGUCUUCUUGUGGUUCUGAUGUUUCUCACCCUUGUCCAUUGGGGUGGCAGUUUUUUCUAUCUCAUUCAGUCCAUACUUAAUCUGAUUCUUAUUCUCCUGGUUGCCAUUGGAUACAAAACUAAGCUCUGUGCUCUCAUUCUUGUCUCUUGGUUGACAUGCAUGAACUUCUACUACAACGACUUCUGGUCCAACUACUCCGACGAAAUCAUGUGGGACUUUCUGAAGUAUGAUUUCUUCCAGACCUGGUCCGUGAUAGGAGGUCUCAUGUUGAUUGUGGCUCAUGGGCCCGGUGGAGUGUCAGUCGAUGACUACAAGAAAGAAUGGUAG